ACUUCACAAAAUGGUCGAGCAGAAGGAGGAAGCGCUGGGCAACGGUGACCUGAACAGGACGAGCAGCGACGAACUGAUACUGAUGAGUCGCCAGCGUCGCCAUGCGGUUCACUAUGCCAGCAUCGAGGAGUUCCUCGCCAGCCUGAACAUCAGCGACACGGCCCUGAUCUCGCCCAAGGAUCCACGCCCUCGGACCCUCAGUCUGGAGCGUUACAAGAGCUUCAUGCGGGGUCCCGAGGCAUAGAUCUGCUCCGACGUUUGCCACCAAGAGGACUGAUCGGGGAGUGUCCAGAAUGCCACAAGGGAUGCAAAAAUCCAGCAACAAAUUGAACAAUUAAAAUGCAGCUUGG